AUGGAAGUUUGGCCCUCACAAAAACGAAGCAUUGACAUACCGUUACUGGUGGCCUCGGCCGCUUAUUUAUCAAUAAAUAUCUUCACAUGUUCCUCUACUCAUAACUUGAUGCAAGUCAUUCUUUCUCUCUUUCUUUCUUUCUUUCUUUCUUUCUUUCUUUCUUUCUUUCUUUCUUGUCAUGUAUCUUUUAUGAAUUCGUUCCAGCAAAUUUCUUCAAUUCAAUUUAUUUUUUAUAAUAUUAAUGUUUUGCCCCCAUUUAUCUGCAUUCUUUCUUUCUUUCUUUCUUUUUCUUUCUUUCUUUUCUUUUUCUUUCAGUCUUUUCUUUUUUCUCUCCAUUUCUUUCUUUUUUUCAUUCUUUACUUUUUUUCUCUGUCUCUCUUUCUUGAUUUGUCACGUGUCUUUUAUGAAUUCAUACCAUCGAACUUCUUUAUUUCAAUUUAUUUUUUUAUCUUUCUUUCUUUCUUUCUUUCUUUCUUUCUUUCUUUCGUUCGUUCGUUCGUUCGUUCGUUCUCUCUUUCUUUCGUUUUCACUUUCUUUCUUUUCUUUUUGCGUUCGUUCGUUCGUUCUUUCUAUCUAUCUUUCUUUCUUUCCAUUCUCUUUUUCUUUCUUUCUUUUUUUCUUUCUUUCUUUCUUUCUUUCUUUCUUUACUCUUUGGGUCCCAUUACUUUUCUCUAA